AUGAUGCCUUAACGAAAUUUGUUAUCCUCUAAAUGACAGCUUCACUUGUAGAAUAUAUGUAUGCGUAUAUUAAGUAUUUUCACUAUCCAAUAUAUUGCAAAAUAAUAAAAACAAAAAAUGUAAGUUACCAACAUAGUAUUUUAUUUCAAAGUAUGUAGGUUCAUAGGCCAUUCUUUGUUCAACUAAUAAGAUUAAUAGAGUUAUAUUUUAAUCUUCUUUAUUUGGCAACACCUUGCUACGUGGAGUUUGGAAUAUAAUACUUGCAGCAAGGUUACGCUCUACAUCGAAGAUUUUUCAAAAUCUCCUCACUAAAACCACAUUACAACAAACUUUCACAAACGAAGAUAUAUACCGUAACUCCUAAAACUAACACGUCGCAUCGAAAGACAAACACUAUAUAGCAAGCUUUCACGCAGCCCUUGCUAACCUACCCCUCGAAAAGAAAUGGACGUCCACUACAACCAUGCGAGUCCAACCACAUGUUUGCCCUCAUUGUCGGGCGAGUUUCCAGCUCAGGGCACUGCUCAAGCGGCACAUGCAGUUUACCUGCAAGAUGAAUCCCCGUGCCGCUGUUUUCCAGUGCGAUCUUUGUAGUUAUAAAAGCAUGUACAAGGCCAACGUCGAACGACACGUGCGCAACGUACAUGAUCGUGGCAGCGUCAAGUUCCGAUGCGAUCUCUGCAACUUCCGUAGUAAAUAUAGAUCUUGCGUCAGACGACACAUGAAGACCUUUCACGAACAGAACUACGCCGCUAUGCCUGAGGCUGAUACUGAAUAAUUGAGUUCCUGCUUUGUCUGAGAUUCGAAUUGAUAAAGUAUUUCGAAUGAUCAAAUUUCUUACAAUUUUUGUCGAACUUGAAAUCUUUAUUUCUUGAGUUUUCAAGAAUGACGAGCUUUAAGAAUAGCUCAAGUUAUAGAUUUAUCACUUUGACUGAUUGAUACAGCGUGACUUAUUUUUCAUGAGAUUAAUUUAUACGCUGUUAUUUAACGUGAAGUUAUAUUAUUGUUAGGCAGAUAUUUAACAUAAGUACUCGUUAUAGGUUAAAAUUAAUAAUUAUUCGUAAGGAAUAAAUCGUUUUCAAUUGCUAGUUUUUUCUACAAUGAAAUCAGAAAAAAAACUGUAUAGAGGCCAGAUUUAGAGCAGCAACUAAUAACUAUAGUAUUUUUUGUUCCAUCAAUAAAAUGUUAUAAAUAUCUGAGAUAUUUGUAGUUGAAAGAUACGUUAUAAAACGUACGUUCGAUAGAGAAAGCGUAGCUUUAAUAAAUAGACUUCAUCGAAAAGUAUUGUUUACAUGAUGUUUGUAGAGUUGACAAAAUCAUAUUUCAUAUUGGAAAUUAAUUACGCUGUUACUUAUUAUCACAAGAUGUAAUUGUAGUCAGAAAAAUGAAAAUUUAUCACAUUCGGUUGUGUUGGUACAAGCACUGCACUUCGUUAUUUUAUUCCCAUGAUGUAAUUAAUGAUUCCUUUCAUAGAAUUAAAAUAAUAUGCUUCCGUGAUAGAUAGUAAUACAUCUUGUUGCAUAAAUAUUUUUUAGAAUGUCUGUUUUCUAUUGUAAAUAUAGUUAGUAAUUUAAGUCAUUUUUUUUUCAAUAAAAUUAAAUAAAACAUUUGCUAAACCAU